AUGUCAAACAACAAUAACAACAACAACAAUAACAGUGAAAACACCUUGGGAAACAAUGAAAAUCAAAUCCAUCAAAAUCAAGGGGAUUUACAGAAUAUUGACGUGGUUCCCUCCCCUCAAAAUUCACCACGUCAAUCUCGCGAAGGCACUCCUGCUCCUGAAUCUCGUGCUGAUCAACAAGAGCAAUCUGAACAUUUUGAAGGGGCAGAUGAAGCUUUACAAAAAGUAAUUGAUGCACGGGUUAGCAAAGCUCUUCAGGCUCUAAAACAGCUUAAGGAACAGAAUGAGCGCAUCGAGCAAAUCCCUGGAGUUCCCCCUGUAAUCAAAGGAGUGGAUGUGGAUAAAUACUCACAGCAACCUUGGAAACCAAGUGCUGAUCCCCUUCCAAUCCCUAAAAAGUUCAAAAUGCCUAACAUCUCGAAAUAUGAUGGCACAACAGACCCGCGUGAUCACGUAACUGCAUUUACUACAGGUGUAAAAGGCAACGACUGA